ACCGCUCCGAGCGAUAUUUCAAAGUCUUCGCACGAAACGCAACAUUUCUCUUUCUUUCAACAAUCCGACUGCAAAUGGCGAAAACAGAGAAGAGAGUCCGAGAAAGAUCACUCGGAUCUUCUUCGUCUUUCCUCGGCUGCUUCGGGUUUUCUCGGAAGAUACACUCCGACAAAUCGAUGGUUGCUGAAGAAGACGGUGGUGAGAUGAUGAAGAAGAAGAAUAAGAAACGGAUUAGUCGGUGGUUUUUAUGUUCGAAGUUUCGCCUGAAGAACGGCGAGAUCAAACCGUCGCCGAUCGAGGAAACAGAGAAACCGACUUUGAGAGUAGUAGAUGAAUCUGAUGAUAAGCAAAAACCCCUAUCGGUGGUGAUACGUCGUACUACUGAUCGUCAAAACAUUCCGGUUGAUGAUAAGCCCGUCAAUCAGGACACUAAAGAGUCAACACCGAAGGACUCAAAAGACAAAACACCCGACCGAUCAAAACCCAUGGAACCGUUGGGUUCCUUUAAAGACACGUGUCCGGAGCGGGUGUGUACUUCAAAACGUUACGAGAAAAAACCCGACUUGAAACCAACUCGGGCGAAAAACAACGGGUCAAGGGUCGGUAAGUUUGACCCGGUCAUAGGGAUUUCGGUCAUCAUACUGACGUUAAUGAUUAUGCUGGUUUGGGGUCGACUUUGUGCGAUUCUUUGUACAUCCGCUUGGUGUUACGUUCUACCUCGUGUCAGAGACGCAGCCGCGUUGGCCAAACGCAAACGCAACGGUAGCGACGUUUCUGCGUGUGUCUCGGAUUUGAAUUCAGAGUCGUAUAAAAGAAAAGUCGUUUUGGACGGGUUUCUUGGACGCCCAAAUCGCGUUUCGUUUUCAUGACUAUCUUUUUUUUUGUUUUGUUUUUGUUUUCUAUAUUUUAAUGGUUAGAUCAUUUUUUUUGUUUGUUUGUUUGUUUUAAAAUCAGGGACGACAAACAGUGUUUCCGUUUAAUAACGACGAUUGAUCGAUUGUGAAUCGAUACAUAAGUAUAAUAUAUUGUCUUGUGUAAUUUUAGAGGUCAAUAUUGAGCAGCCUGUUUUGUUGUAUUGUGUAGUCUAGGAACUUUCUUGGUCUUACCAAAUUUGGAUUGGUUUUUGAUUGAGAUAUAUAUAUAUAUUCAGUGAUGUCACAUGAUAUAGUGAUAUGAA